UGAAUUUGAAAGAAGAACCUUAAUUAUCUUCUCAGGCUUUGCUUACUUAUUGUUUGGACAGGCAUUUUCCAGCUUUGAAAUAAGAUGUUGGGGUACUAUAAACAAUGCGAAGUUCUAUCUGAGAUUACAAUGUACCGGUGUCUUUCCGGUAGAGCAUCGUCACACAUUCUGUUUGUCCUGAACGGACUUUCCAUAGUAACACUCGUAUCUUAAACCUUAGCUGAUUUUUAGCUGUUUGGGGUUACUUUAAUAUCCCUUGGGAUUGUAUGUGUCGUUGACCAUGGAAAUAUGUCUGAAGUUGUUGGAACCUCACUCUAUUCGUCUGGAGUGUACAUAGUCAUCUUCUUAGGACUUGUUAUUACAAUCGUAGCUCUGUGUGGUUACAUCGCAGCUGACAAAGAAAACAUCUGCCUGAUUGUGUCAUAUAUAUUCAUUUUAUGCUUACUCGCAUUACUCUUGUUGAUAUCAGGAAUAAUAGUUUUGUCCUUUAGAAGUUCACUUGGUGAAUCGGCUAGAAGUGUGAUGGUAGAUUCGUUAAGGAAUCACUAUGGACGAUAUGGGAUUAUAACUGAUGCAUGGGACUUGGUACAGAGGCACCUACGUUGCUGUGGAGUGGAUAACAUUGGAUGGGGUGUGUAUAACGGAUCGUGGUGGGACAUGAUUGUAAACUCGGAUUUAUACGAAACGAACACUAAAUUGUCAGAAUCAAGUUUGUUUUACUUGUUUGUUCCAGAAUCUUGUUGUGUCAAGAAACUUGAUGGGUUGACUGGUUGGCCAACUGAAGCAUACCGGGAUAGGAGACGCUGCCAGACGUGGCAGUACGGACCACCGAAUAAAAGCAGUGGACCUCACAACGACGCUAUUUACUAUGCAGGAUGCUUUGAAAGUUUGAAAAGUUAUAUCAAUAAUUAUGCUAAGGCUGUUGGCCUCUUGGCACUGAUCGCGUGCAUUAUCUUGAUAAGCGCUUUGGUCUGUGCAUUAUUUUUGUUCCGUGAUGCUAAACUCAAUGCUCAAAGAAAACAAAGAACAAAGAACUGGAGGAAUCAGACACAAUAUAAGUAGAUCAGUUAUAUGGUUGACUGGAAUACGUUGAAGCAAGAGUGAAGCUGUGAUUAUAUAUUACUGGGAAGGAUAUUAGUCAUAUAUAAUUUAUUUUAUUACUAAAAAGUAAAGUAUAUUUAUUUUCUAA